GGAAAUUUUUUGCCUUGAGAGCAGGAUAGACUGAUCGGGAAGCGAUAAUGGGAUUCAUUAAUCACACGGAUCUCAAACUAGACAAAGAUGUGCGUGCUGCUAUAUCCGAGGAUUCGGAGUGGGCAACUUUCAGAAAACGAUUGUCUCGGACCUUUGCUUUCGACGAUAUCUCGUACUCGAUUGAUGACAUAAAGAAGAUGAAGAAGGAGGAAAGAGAGACGUUAGUGGUGUUUGCGAGACGCUUUGAAACGGCUUCUGAACCAUUGAUAGAAAAUGGGUUUCUCAGUGAGAUAGAACGAUGCGGUACAUUCAUAGGGACUCUACCUAUCAAGAAAAGAGAGUUUGUUAUGGAGAACAUGCCCACUAAAGGGGUGUCGUUCGCAAAGACAAAGGCAUUGGCUUUGCAGACUGGGGGACCAGAUGCCAAAGCUCAUCUACUUAGGGUAUUGGAGAAACUACGGAAAGAAGUACCAGGAAGUCAUUUAGGAAAACAAUUCGUUGAUGAGGAUGAAAGAGAGUUCAUGCCGCCUGAUAAAGGUAGAAGUUGCGAGAAGGAUUCUGAUGCAGCUCUAGUGUGUGCUAAGAAAGUGAGUGAGGAAUCAGAUGAAAAUGAAGCCGAUAAUACUAGCCUUGAUAAUAAAGUCUCGCCGAGGGGCGAAGGACCGAAGGUUAUUCAGGAGACAUGGGAAGAUCAAACCACGACACUGGAAGUGAAACCAAAGAUUGAGGAAUGUGGACGCCUGAAGAAGAUUGGCGAUACUCAUAGCAAGGGAACAGGGGAUUCAGACACAAGCUAUGAGUUUGCCUCAGCGUUUAAGUUUGUAGAGCCGGAUAUCAGGUAUGAGCUGGCUCAACUUUCCGAGACCAUCGAGCCGGACGUCAGCAAUGAGCUGGCGCAACUGUUUGGGACCAUCGAACAAGAUGGCGAUUAUGACUUAGCUAAGCUCUUUGAGGCCUCCGAAUCGGAUAUCGACUAUGGGCUUACCCAACUGUUUGAGACCGUCGAUAAAUAUAAAAACAAUGUUGAGAACUCUCUAGAGACAACAAUGAGUCGUAAUCUGGCAACUACGAAAGAUAUCGAGGGCUCCCGAAUGGAUCAAUGCAAGUUAAUAAGUAAGUGCGAUGUGAUGAGUAUUGAGGGAGAAUUCAUUGACUGUUUGGGGGGUCAGCGGAGUGAUAACCCACUCGCGUUUGACCAAGAAGGUGAAGAAAGGACUAUGAUGGAAGUGAAAAUUAUUGCGGAUGCCGACAGUCCGGAAAACAAGUCAAUGAGAAUUAUGAAAAUGUCAGGGCUUGAAGAGAGAUUGGAAGCGGAGAAACCGGCUGUGGAUGUGAAGAGGUUCGAGGACAAGGACUUGGUCAAGACUGAAAAUUGGAUAGCAGGUUAGGGAAUGGUGGUCGAGACACGAGAUUGGAAUGCGGACUUGGUUCUUUUUUACCUCUUGCUGUUGACCUUUGUCUCUGCGUGUGCUCGUGCAUGCUGUAGCAGGUGCAGCUACUCUAGCUUCACGCAAUCAGUUUACGACGUUUUCAUAACUAGUUGCCCCUUUGUCUUCGACCUCUGUGGUGGUGUGAAGGGGGGACUAUACUCCUUGGUGGGGAUAUGGAUCAGUCUGAGCCUGCCGUGCGGGUUUUUUUCUAUGAAGCCGACAAAGUCUUUCUAUACUCCCUUGAUGCUCUCAUGGAGCGGAUGGAGACGAGAUGAGAGGAGGACGAAGGCGCUCGAGAACGAGGGUGGUGGACCUAAAAGGUUCCAAAACCUGACAUUGAAAGCGGGAGGCGGUCUACCAUUUAUUACACUGAUAAAGUCGACCAGAAAGU